AGAAUAAGAAGUGGAAAAAACAUGGAUCCAGUGUCAUCACAUGGUUUUUCUGUCCCACCUGCAUUUCAUAUAAGAGAUUUCGAUCUACACCAUCAACAGAUUCAGCUGCGAGAAAAUCAGUACCAUCACCAAACUUCAGAAGAUGAACAACAAAGCGGAAGCAGCUGUGGCCUUAAGAAACGGGAUCGAGACGAUGUUAACAACAAUGGUAACGAAGGCAAAGAGCUUAGUCUUCAUGGCUAUGGUGGUCCUGAUGGUGGUGAAGGAGAGAUGAACCGAAGACAACGAGGUAGACCUUCUGGAUCCAAGAACAAGCCUAAACCACCCAUCAUCAUCUCACCCGACACUGCCAACGCUUUACGCACUCAUGUCAUGGAAAUAGGGGACGGUUGCGACGUCGUCCAGAGCGUCGCCACUUUCGCCAGGAGACGCCAGAGAGGAGUAUGCAUAAUGAGUGGAACCGGGACCGUCAUGAAUGUAACCCUUAGACAAUCAGCUUCGGCAGGUACUGCGGUUGUCAACUUACACGGUCGAUUCGAGAUAACAUCAUUGGUGGGAUCAUUCUUGCCCCCACCCGCACCGCCGGUUGCUACGGGGAUGACCGUAUAUUUGGCUGGUGGAGAAGGCCAAGUGGUGGGUGGCAGUGUUGUUGGGGCACUCAUUUGUUCAGGUCCGGUUGUGAUCAUGGCAGCUUCUUUUAGUAACGUAGCGUACGAGCGGCUUCCGCUGGUAGAAGAAGAAGAAGAAGAAUGGCAGUUUCCAAUAGGAUCGCAGCAGCAGCAGCAGCAACAAAUAUUGGCGGAGUCAAAUGCAAAUGCGCCUCUUUUUAAUGGAUUACCACCUAAUCUUCUCAACUCUAUUCAAUUAUCAAGUGAGGCCUUUUGGACUACUGGUCGCCCUCCAUUCUAGCUAACAGUUUU